AUGGGAAUAAGUCUUGCCAGAGAAGAUUUCCAGCUGCUGGAGACACACAGAAUUGUCCUGGCUGAGUCUGACCCCUUGUUCCCCAACAUUGAGCCUAAUUGUCCAACCCCAGUAUGUAUACCUAUACCCAACACCAAGCUCAAGGACAUCAACUGUGAAGAUUUGGGCUUAGGCAACACGUACAUCCAUUUGGGUGUACGCAUAACGGUGGAUUAUCUUGCCAAGCCUGUUCCAACCAAGCAGGAACUUACUGAAGAGCAAAUUAGCUUGGGUGUGGAUAGAUUACAGCUUGACACCCACAACGGCAUCCUCAAUGCUGUAGGCGUUAGCAAGAUCCUGCCCAGCCCGGUCAAGAGCCUUGCUGAUGGUGUCUUCGACGCAAACAAGGCUCUGGUUGAAGGCGCUGGGAGCACUACUGCCGGAAUGCUUUGA